AUGAACAACUUGAAUGACCCCCCCCGGUGGAACAUCCAACCAGACCGCAGAGGGAGGGAGGCGGGCGCCGGUGAUGGCAACCAAUGGAACUAUGCCCUGCUGGUCCCCAUGCUGGGGCUGGCAGCGUUCCGUUGGAUAUGGACGAGGGACUCUCAGAAGGAGAUCCAGAAAGUUAAAGUCCAGUACGACAAAGACGUGUCUACAAUUAAAAGUGAGAUGGAGGCACGUUACCGGGACACGCUGACAGAGAGCCGCAGGUCAGUGGCUAUGCUUGAGCUGGAAGUAGAGAAGGAGAGACAGAGGGUAAAAGGAUACCAGCAGGCUCUGAUCUCACACAGCCAGCAUCUAAUCCAGCAACGGAAACAGCUGGAACAGGAGCGAGAGGCACUGAAUGACGAGAAGCAGAAAUUAGUCAAAUCCGGCGCUGCUGGUGCUGCACUGCGUGACGCCCUGGAAAGAGAGACCAGCUGGUACCAGGGAGCCAUGGCCACUAUGAGGGAGCUGGAGGGUCUGCUCGUGGAGCGUCAGAACGCCUACUGCUCUCUCAUCCAGCCCCGUGAGCAUCGGCUGGAGAUGGAGAAGAACAUGCUGCUUAAGGUUGUCAAAGAUCCCAUCGCUGCAGAGCUGGACCUAGAGUCUGAUUUAAAGGAUAUUUUUAAGAGAGACAAGCACUGUGCAGAUCUGAUGAACAUGGACAAGAGGAAGAAUGGAAGCCUCAUGUGGGUUUACUUGAACCACUGGCAGCUGCAGAUCACUUUGCAGAAACACAAAAGAGCUGAAGAAGCCAUAUUCACAGGGAGAAUUCAGAGUGACAAAAAGUGACCUAGAUAAGCUGUUUUUGUCACCAUUUGUGGCUUUUAAGGAUGUUAGGUGAAUGUGGAGCAGGGAUCAUCUGAUAGGAAUGUUAUGCAAAUACCUAAGAGGUAAUCUGAUUCAGAAGGUUUUUUUUUUUCCAUGUCUGCUUUCAUCUCAUUCAUGACCUCUCAGUUACACAUCAUAAAAAUAAUGGUCUAACCUCUGAAGCCUGAAUUGAUAGACUUGAUAGCUUUAAUUUAAAUGUUUGGUGAAUUAAAAUGCACUUAGAUCCGUCAGGUGGUAUUUGAUGGCACUUUAAAUGGAAAAAGUAUCUUUCUUUUCUAUGGUAAUGUAUAAAAAAAAAUUAAGUUUAUCUUAAAGAGAAAUUCAGGAUACAAAUAAAUCCGCUAAUGUAGUGUAAGAAUAUAUGCUUAGGAAUGAAGUUCAACACUAAAUUUUAAUCUCUAGAUAAAAUAAUAAUUUUCAACAUAUUUUAAGGCGUUUUAAUGGGGUUGUAUGUUUUCAGUCACCUGCCAAUGAACAUUUGUGGGAGGUAACAGCAGGACCUAGUUUCACCUAAUCACCUGAUACUGGCAUUUCCUCAGUUUUGAAUCAUCUACAGUAUUUUUUUCCCAUCAACAUGAAAAGAUCUGCAUCUUAUUAAAGGUGUGAAAUGUUUUUCUUCAUAAAUAUCUGGGAGACAGCACCUUAUGGAAGUUGCAUGUGCACAAAACAAAUCUGUACUCCAAUAAAAACACACGAAUGCCCAUUGUAACAGCAUGAAUUCAUUCACACAUGUAGCCUUUUUAUUUGGGAAACCAGGCUGUUGUGUGUGUGCGUGUUUUUUUCCUGAAAUAAAAGUGCUGGAUUUCAUGUCAUGAGUACACCUGUAUUGUCAACAACCACUUUGUGCAAUCCUUUAAAUAUAUUUUUUUCAUGAACUCAA